AUGGGAGCCUAUUUCUCGCGGUUGAAGGGCAAGCUGUUUGGCACACGCGAGAUGCGUGUGCUUAUGCUGGGUCUAGACAACGCUGGCAAGACCACGAUCCUAUACAAGCUGAAGCUGCGGCAGAGUGUCAAGACACUACCGACUGUGGGCUUCAAUGUGGAAACGAUCCGAUUCCGAAACGUCAAAUUCAAUGUUUGGGAUGUGGGUGGUCAAGACAAGAUUCGUCCGCUUUGGCGUCACUAUUAUACCGGAACACAAGGCCUCAUUUACGUGGUCGACAGUCGUGACCGUGGGCGGAUGCCUGAAGCGCGUGAAGAGCUUCAUCGUAUCUUAUCUGACCGGGAAAUGCGUCAUUGUGUCCUCCUCGUGUUUGCCAACAAGCAGGAUUUGGCUGGAGCCAUGUCGCCAUCGGAAUUGACAGAUCACCUUGGACUGAACAUGCUCCAAGAUCGGCCCUGUGGUGAGGGCCUGGCAGCUGGUCUGCAAUGGCUCAGUCAGAAUAUUCCUGAUACUCGCAUGUAA